CCUCUCUUCUCUGGCUGGCCCUCCUUCUGAAAACCAACAAGUGUGUCAACAGCCGGGUGAUUGUGCUUGGCUGGUGGCCUCCAGGGCUGCCAGGACCAGGCAGGUGCUGGCAGGGCUGCCCGAACCCCACGCUGAGUGCAGGCCUGCCUGGCUGCCAGGACUGCAGGGUAAACAAGGCCGCACACAGAGGGGGGAGGGAGGCCAGAGCAGGCAGGAGGGAGAACAGGUGUCUCAGGAGCCCUGCAGACACAAAGGGCCUCUUGUCUCCUCCUCCUGGCCCAGGGAGCAGCCCGCUCUACCCUCCUCUCAGGCCCUGCCCAGAGGCCCAGGACAGGUCAGCCAGGGGUGCCGACUCACGGGCUCCUAUCGCCACCUGCCUACUCUGAAUAUUGGCCUUGCUGUAGACCGAGUCAGACCAGUCAGGGUGUACCAGCUGCAGAAGCAGGACGCCUGCUGUGAGCGAGUCCACCAGUCCUCGGGCUCUUGGGGGAGGUGUAUGUCUCACUUUCUUCAGCCCCGCCAGCUAGAGAAGAGAUGGAUGGGAGAUGUGGAUGUCCAUGAGGAGCCCCGUCUCUGCCCAGCUGGCCCUGGAUGGCGCUGGCACCAUGGUGAACUGCACCAUCAAGUCUGAGGAGAAGAAGGACGCUUGUCACGAGGCCCCCCAGGCUUCGGCUGCUGUGGCUGAGCCCCAGCCUGGAGACCCCGCGCGGGACCCCCCGGCUGCCGCUGACCCCCAAGCUCCUGCUCAGGAGUGCAGCUCUCCGGAGAGUGGCAGGUCCCCAGAGCCAAAGCGACCAGGCGCCUCUGAAGCAGCUUCUGGAAGCCAGGAGAAGCUGGAUUUCAACCGCAACCUACAAGAGGUGGUGCCGGCCAUCGAGAAGCUACUAUCUAGUGACUGGAAAGAAAGAUUUCUGGGACAGAACUCUGUGGAAACCAAAGAUGUCAAAGGGACCCAAGAGAGCCUGGCAGAAAAGGAGCUGCAGCUCCUGGUCAUGAUCCACCAGCUGUCCACCCUGCGGGACCAGCUCCUGACAGCCCACUCUGAGCAGAAGAACAUGGCUGCCAUGCUGUUUGAGAAGCAGCAGCAGCAGAUGGAGCUGGCUCGGCAGCAGCAGGAGCAGAUCGCCAAGCAGCAACAACAGCUGAUUCAGCAGCAGCAUAAGAUCAACCUCCUUCAGCAGCAGAUACAGCAGGUCAACAUGCCUUAUGUCAUGAUCCCAGCCUUUCCCCCAAGCCACCAGCCUCUGCCUGUCACCCCGGACUCCCAGCUGGCUUUGCCUAUUCAGCCCAUUCCUUGCAAACCAGGCGUCUGCUGUUCUGUGCUCAUCCAGGACUUUUCUCCUUGCCGCUUUUCCACAGUGGAGUACCCACUGCCGCUGCUGCACGGCCCCCCCGCGCCCGUGGUGAAGAGGCCGGGGGCCAUGGCCGCCCACCACCCCCUGCAGGAGGCCUCUCAGCCCCUGAACCUCACAGCCAAGCCCAAGGCUCCUGAGCUGCCCAACACCUCCAGCUCCCCCAGUCUGAAGCUGGGCACCUGCGGCCCCCGACCCCCCAGCCAUGGGGCUGCCCCACGGGACCGGCCACCCAGCCCACCUAGCCUGCCUCUGGGCUUCCUCGGGGAAGGGGAUCCUGUCACCAAAGCCAUCCAGGACGCCCGGCAGCUGCUGCACAGCCACAGCGGGGCCUUGGAGAACUCCCCCAGCACCCCUUUCCGCAAGGACCUCAUCAGCUUGGACUCAUCCCCAGCCAAGGAGCGGCUGGAGGACAGCUGUGUGCACCCUCUGGAAGAAGCCAUGCUGACCUGUGACAUGGACGGCUCCCGUCACUUCCCUGAGUCCCGAAACAACAGCCACAUCAAGAGGCCCAUGAACGCCUUCAUGGUGUGGGCCAAGGAUGAGCGGAGGAAGAUCCUGCAAGCCUUUCCGGACAUGCACAACUCCAGCAUCAGUAAGAUACUCGGCUCCCGUUGGAAGUCCAUGAGCAACCAGGAGAAGCAGCCCUACUACGAGGAGCAGGCGCGGCUGAGCCGGCAGCACCUGGAGAAGUACCCCGACUACAAGUACAAGCCGAGGCCCAAGCGCACCUGCAUCGUGGAGGGCAAGCGUCUGCGCGUGGGUGAAUACAAGGCCCUGAUGAGGACCCGCCGCCAGGAUGCCCGCCAGAGCUACGUGAUCCCCCCACAGGCUGGUCAGGUACAGAUGAGCUCCUCAGACGUCCUGUACCCUCGGGCAGCAGGUGUGCCUCUGGCACAGCCACUGGUGGAGCACUACGUCCCCCAGAGCCUGGACCCCAACAUGCCUGUCAUCGUGAACACCUGCAGCCUCAGGGAGGAGGGAGAGGGCACUGACGACAGGCACUCGGUGGCUGACGGCGAGAUGUACCGGUACAGCGGGGACGAGGACUCCGAGGGCGAAGACAAGAGUGACGGGGAGCUGGUGGUGCUCACAGACUGAGCCAGCAUUGAGCCUGGCCCUCCGCACUGGGGCGAACCCUGCCCCACGCCAGGGGCGCAGCCUGCCGGCUUGGACUACAUUGGUACUUGGACUGGGGAUGCCCAGGGAUGGUCGAAGCUGUGUACUUGUAGAUACAUUGGCCAGGGGAGAGCCCUUCUCCCGGAGACGCCCUUGGGCACACCCAAGAGCCCUGGCCUUGGUGGUAGGACUUGCAUGGCAGUGAUGGGCCAGCUGGCUGAGCUCCUUGGCCCCUGCAGGGGACACUGGAUGACCCUCUGGCAGGUCUGCCACCUUGGAGUGUGGCAGCUGCACAUCUGUCCCCCCAGGUCCUGUGCUUUGAUUCCAUGCUUGUCCUGUGGGACCAACCCCUCCCCCACAUGCACACUCCUGAUCAUGCCUCUGUCACCAGGAUCACUCUGUACUCUGCAAAAGGGUCUGACUGUCCCUGUCUGUUUCUGCCAAGCCCUUUGUGCCUCUGGCUGUUGUGUGUGUGCAUGCGUGUGUGCGAACGUUUGUGCGUGUGUGUGUUCAUGCCUGUGUUUUCAUCCAUCAUUGCACAAGGUAUUUAUUGCGUGCCCACUAUGUGCCGGCCACUGUUGCUUCUCUGGGGGCCUCUUCUGUGCUUCUCUUUGUCCCCAAAUUGCUACCUCUUUGUCAGUCUGGGUGUCUCAGGUUCUGUGUGUCUGUGUGCACAUCUGUCCCUGUCUCUGCAAGGCCCUCUCUGUUUCCCUUGCUCACUGUCUGGCCCUGCCCUCCGUGCCCUCUGGAUUCUCUGGGUCUCUGUAGGCCCCUGGACCACCAGGUCUGUCAGCCCUCCUGACCCCUGACCUCCCUCCCGGCUCUGCCAGUCGGUUCCCAACCAGCCAUUUUUAGCUCCCAGCGACAGAAGAAUGCGCCUCAGCCUCCACAGGGCUUUGUCCUGUGCCUGACCUCUGGGUGCAGGCUGAGGCCCAGGAGUCUGGCAGAGUUGACGGCGCCCCCUUUUCUGUGGGUGAUGGAGGCCCAGGGAGGGACCGACCCCGUGGCGGCUGGCCUCCAUUCCCUCCCGAGUUGGGGCGGGUGGCUCCCCAUUCGUAAAUUCCAGGGGUUCCCCGCACUAGGGAACGGUUCCUCACUGGCUUGAGCAGGUAGUGUUCCCUAAGAACCUCGGUCUCUUUGGCACCUGACUCCAGGUCUCCCAUCUAUCCGUGUGGGGACCCUUAAUCCCCCUGGGCGUGCUCCCACCUCCUCCCCGCCCCAGGUCCCCUCCUUCCAGGCUGUUUCUUUUUUAUGACUGUAAACAUAGAUAGUGCUUUAUUUUGUUAAUGAGAUAAUGAGUAACUUAACCAGCACAUUUGUUUUCUGAUGGCGUAAUAAAGACAGACCAUUUCAA